AGCGGCCCGGACUCUGCCCUGCUGCAGGGCCCCCGCCGGCCAUGGCUCCGCUCCGUUUCUCGGCCAACGUGUCGUGGCUGUUCCCCGAGCUCCCCGGGCUCCCCGCGCGGCUGCGGGCGGCCGGCAGCUCGGGCUUCGAGGCGGCCGAGGUGGCCUGGCCGUACGCGGAGCCGCCCGAGGCAGUGGCUCGCGCCGCGCGGGAAGCGGGGCUGCGGCUGGUGCUCAUCAACACGCCCCCCGGGGACCGAGAGAAAGGGGAGAUGGGGCUGGGGGCCGUCCCGGGGAGGCAGGCGGCCUUCCGCGAGGGGCUGGAGCAGGCAGUGCUGUACGCCCGGGCCCUGGGCUGCCCCAGGACCCCAUGCCCGGAGCUGGCCUGCCAGGGAGAGAGCAAAGCCAACCACCGAGUGGUCCACUUGAGUAAGGGUCAGUUUAUGGUAGCUGUGGGAGCCAGCAGACACCUGUCGGGGAGCAGAGCCGGAUACAGGAUUCACCUGAUGGCUGGCCGAGUACCCCAGGGGGCUGACCGAGCAGCAGUCAGGAGUGAAAUGGAGACCGUGUUUCUGGAGAACCUGAGGCACGCUGCUGGGGUUUUGGCUCAGGAGAACCUCGUGGGACUGCUGGAGCCCAUCAACACCCGCAUCACAGACCCCCAGUACUUCCUGGACAUGCCCCAGCAGGCGGCAGCCAUCUUACAGAAGGUCGGAAGACCCAACCUCCAGCUGCAGAUGGACUUGUUCCACUGGCAGAUCAUGGAUGGGAACCUGACAGGAAACAUCCGGGAGUUCCUGCCCCUCGUGGGGCACGUGCAGGUGGCACAGGUCCCGGGCCGAGGGGAGCCUGACAGCCCUGGAGAGCUGAACUUCCCCUAUCUAUUCCAACUGCUGGAGGACGAAGGCUACAAGGGCUUUGUGGGCUGCGAGUACCGGCCUCUAGGAGACACCGCAGAGGGCUUGAACUGGCUUCGUUCCUACUGGGAGAGGCGGGGCCGCCCACAGGCUGGCCAGUGAGGUCCUGCCCCACGCGCACUUGUAGGACAGUGCACCCAGCAUCCUCAAUCUCUAGAAUUAAAGAGCUGCUGCUGAACGUC